AUGACAGCCGGACGAUGGGCUAACGUGCCGGUGGUGGCGUGGGCGUUGCACGUGGCGAAUGCAUCUGGACAGGGAAGGCAAGGGGGAGAUCCAUUGACAUGCGCCGUUGUCCUCGUCGCGUCUGGCUUCCAGCCGGAAGUUCAGGGACGAACGGAGGCGCGAGCCAAG